AUGCCAAGGUCUAAUCGGAUGAUGGAGGAUCUGAUCAACGGAUCUUGCAAGAUCCGGAAAAGGGUUUGCUCACCAUCAUCUUCUACAUCGUCUAGACUCCAAAACUACAGAUUCAAACGGGCCAUUUUGGUGGGUAAGGGCCGAGGUGGAGGGUCACGAUCCAGCACACCAGUACCCUCAUGGAAAACUACGCCGAUGAGGUCCAUGGCAGAGUCUCCCAAGUACGCUGCUUCCCAGAGCGGAGGGAAGUCGAGGCCUGUGUCAGCGAGGAAGCUGGCGGCGACGUUGUGGGAAAUGAAUGAGGUUCCAUCGCCAAGUGUGAGGAGAGAGAGUUUGGAGGAGGAAAAGAAGUUGUUGAGGAGAGAGAUGAAGGCUAGAGAGAGAAUGAGGUCGGUGAAUUCCGGUUCACUCCCUCGCCAUUUGUCUGAUCCGUCUCAUAGUCCUGUUUCUCAGAGAAUGGAUCGGUCUGAAACAGGUAGUCGCCACAGGAGGACAUCCUCAAUUUCUCAGAAGCUUAGGCUUGCAGACCACAAUGUUAGAGUUUUGGAUUCUCUUAGUAGUACCAGUUUAAUGGAGAUUGAGACUAGAUCUCGAGCCCAGACUCCUAGUGGAUCCAUGGUGGGUGGUAGAAACCGUCUAAAGGAUGUUAGUAAUGCUUUGACCACGUCUAAAGAGCUAUUGAAAAUUAUCAACCGUGUUUGGGCUCAUGCUGAUCAGCCUUCAUCAAGCAUGUCUCUUGUCUCGGCCUUGCAUGCUGAGCUUGAGGGGGCUCGCCUGCUGGUCAACCAGCUUAUCCAAGAACAACGUUCAGAUCAACAAGAGAUCAAUUAUCUUAUGAAGUGUUUUGCUGAAGAGAAGGCAACAUGGAAAAAUAAAGAGCAACAAGCAGUUGAAGCUGCUGUUGAGACCAUUGCUGGUGAACUUGAGGUGGAGCGGAAGUUGAGGGGCCGUUUUGAGAGCUUAAACAAGAAACUUGGGAAGGAAUUAGCAGACACAAAAGCAUCUUUCAUGAAAGCAGUGAAAGAACUUGAGAGCGAGAAGAGGGCAAGAGAAAUAAUGGAACAGGUGUGUGACGAAUUAGCUAGGGAUAUUGGCAUAGAUAGAGCUGAAAUGGAAGAGCAGAAGAGGGAGUCUGCAAAAGUUCAUGAAGAGGUUGAGAAGGAAAGGGAGAUGCUUCAAUUAGCUGACAUGUUGCGUGAGGAGCGAGUUCAGAUGAAACUCUCGGAGGCUAAACAUGAGUUUGAGGAGAAAAAUGUGGCCAUUGACAAGCUGAGGAAGCAACUUGGAGCUUUCCUGGGGACCAAGAAAGGUAAAGAAAAGGGAUGCGGUUCUCAAAAAUUUGGGAAUGAUGAUGAGAUUGCAGCCUACCUGAGUAAAACUCGCUUUGGCUCUCAUCAGAAUGAAGAAAAAGAAGAUGAUGGAGAAGUGGAGGAUGUUGUAGACUGUGAAGAAGACUCGGCUGAAAGUGAUCUUCAUUCUAUAGAAUUGAACAUGGACAACAAUAAUAAGAGUUACAAAUGGGCUUACCCAUCUGCCAUUGGACGUGAUUCUAGUAGAGUUUCAAUUGGCAAUGAAAUGAAAGGGAGGAAUUCUACCCCAGAAAAAGUACACAGGAAGAGCACUUAUCUGCAAAGGAGCAUUUCAGAUGGAAUUGAAUGGGCUGCCCAAAUUGGUGGCUUUCAGAGCUUGAGAGAUGGUUUAGACCGGGAGAGAGUCCAUGAAUAUGAGAAGCAGGCUCAAAGAAAAAGCUACGGGGAUGAAAUGCAGAGAUACAAAUCCGUGAAGGGUAGCAGGGACCAUAUAUUACCUAGUUCUAGAUUAGGGUCAUCCAAAGACACCGCAAGUCCAAAGCGGCAAGGAGGGCCAUGGUCUUCACUAGAUCCUGGCAGUACAUUUCAGGAGAGACCUGCUACGGCGCAGAGCACUGGUUUGAAGUCAAGGCUGGGGGAAGCCAGAAAUGAAGAAAAAGAAGAUGAUGGAGAAGUGGAGGAUGUUGUAGACUGUGAAGAAGACUCGGCUGAAAGUGAUCUUCAUUCUAUAGAAUUGAACAUGGACAACAAUAAUAAGAGUUACAAAUGGGCUUACCCAUCUGCCAUUGGACGUGAUUCUAGUAGAGUUUCAAUUGGCAAUGAAAUGAAAGGGAGGAAUUCUACCCCAGAAAAAGUACACAGGAAGAGCACUUAUCUGCAAAGGAGCAUUUCAGAUGGAAUUGAAUGGGCUGCCCAAAUUGGUGGCUUUCAGAGCUUGAGAGAUGGUUUAGACCGGGAGAGAGUCCAUGAAUAUGAGAAGCAGGCUCAAAGAAAAAGCUACGGGGAUGAAAUGCAGAGAUACAAAUCCGUGAAGGGUAGCAGGGACCAUAUAUUACCUAGUUCUAGAUUAGGGUCAUCCAAAGACACCGCAAGUCCAAAGCGGCAAGGAGGGCCAUGGUCUUCACUAGAUCCUGGCAGUACAUUUCAGGGGAGACCUGCUACGGCGCAGAGCACUGGUUUGAAGUCAAGGCUGGGGGAAGCCAGAGUGGAAGGGCAGCAUGGAAGAAGAUCAAAACGGUGA